AUGGCUCCCAAACUCCCUACUCACAAGCUCGGAAAGAACGGCCCUGAGGUGACAGCCAUCGGGUAUGGCCUCAUGGGUCUCUCAGCUUUCUACGGCAAACCCAAGCCCGACGAGGAACGCUUUGCCAUGCUCGACCACGCCUACGAAGCCGGCGCGCACUUCUGGGACUCUGCCGACGCUUACGGCGACAAUGAAGACCUGCUGGGCCGCUGGUUCCAGCGAAACCCGGGCAAGAGAGAGAACAUCUUCCUCGCCACAAAGUUUGGCAACACCACCGAUCCCACCUCGCAAGUUCGCAUCGCCAGGAACGACCCCGAGUAUAUCCGGGCAGCUUGCGACAAGUCUUUGAAGCGACUGGGUCUUCCCUACGUCGAUUUGUACUACUGCCACAGACUCCAAGCCAGUCAGCCAGUUGAGAUCACCGUCAGAACCAUGAAGGAGCUGCAAGAUGCCGGUAAAGUCAAGUACCUGGGUCUGAGCGAAUGCAGCGCCGACACCCUCAGGAGAGCUUGCAAGGUGGUGCACAUUGACGCCGUUGAGGUCGAGUACAGCCCUUUCUCCAUGGACAUUGAGAGCCCCCAAAUCGGUCUUCUCCAGGCCUGCCGUGAGCUUGGAGUCGCCGUCGUUGCAUAUUCCCCGCUCGGGCGGGGUUUUUUGACUGGAGGCAUCAGGAGCCGGGCCGACUUUGAAGAAGGCGACUUCCGUGCCAUUGCACCUCGAUUCAGCGAGGAGAACUUCCCCAAGAAUCUCAAGCUGGUGGAUGACAUCAAGGCCAUUGCCGACGAAAAGGGCUGCACUCCGGGCCAAUUGGUCCUGGCCUUCUUGAUGGCUCAGGGAGACGAUAUCUUCCCUAUUCCUGGAACCACGAGAAUCAAGAACUUCGAUGAGAACAUCGCCUCGUUGAAGGUCAAGAUCACUCCUGAGGACAAUGCCAAGAUUCGGAAGGUCAUUGACGCGGCCGAAGUCCAUGGUGCUCGGUACCCCGAGGCUUUCUCCAAGGCUCUGUUCGUCGACACCGUGCCAUUGAAGGAGUAA